CGCAGAGGUUAAGAUGAUUGUCUUCUUUGUUUCCGUCCGUCCAUCCACUCACAUGCAUCGUCACAUCUGCUCCAUGAGUCAGCUUGACAGCCAGACAGCCAGCCAGCCAUCCAGCCAUCCACGGAGAGAGGCAUCGGUCAGUCAGUCAGUCAAUCAGUCGGCCAGUCAGCUGAGAGAGGUUGCUCGGGGUGUGGGCAAAUCCGCCAACACCCACACCCCACCAGCCAGCGAGUGCGGCAGAUCUACCACUGCUUAUUAGCGGCACACCCCACGGCUGGGCAGCGACAGCACAGACAGGCAGACAGGCAGGCAGACAGGCAGGCAGACAGGCCAAGCCGGGCAGGCAAGGGAUAGCGCUUGGCGCCAUCAAAAGAACCACGGUUUGUUUUGCUCCGCAACGGGAGCGGCAAUUUCCUUCACUCCACGUCCUUCGGCGGGAUCCCUCUCGCCAGUGUAGUAUUGCGUCUUGUAGUCUUUCUGCACAGAGACAGACAGACAGACAGACAGACAAGUAGUCUGACGGUGAGAUACUCUAUCAUGUACACGCUGUCUGUCUGUCUGUCUUCUUACGCAGCAUUUGAGCCGCUCAGGCUUGAAGAGGGUCUUAGGGAACUUGACACACUUGCAUCGGUAUCCACCGAAGGCACCGGUGCCAUCCACCGUUUUAUGAUCAGCGCACCAGUCACCCUCCUUCUUGUCCUCGCAGGAGCCAUUGCAUUCUGCACCAUGGCAUGCAGCACAUACAUCCACAUGGAUGAAAUGAGUGUGCGUGCCCCUCUCUCCCUCCCUCCGCCCGCACCGCAAUGUCCAGUCUCCUGUUCAACAAUGUCCUGGACGUGCUCAAGGGCCUUCACGGUGGCCUCCCGUGCGGCGAUGCUGGCAUGCACCGUGGCCGUAGCGUGCUCCAUCUGUUGCUGCACCAGGGACAGCUCACCUGCACAAAGACAUCACCCAGGACAUCACGCUAAGGAAUGCAUGCACGUCUCGAUGGGCCAUGCAGUGCCUUGCAGUUGCUCAUGGGCCUUGGAGUUCGACGUGCCUGGAAUCACAGAGCCCCCAAAGUGCACAAUUGGCGGUGCGCUGGAACCUUCAUGACACAUCGGCCUACCCGCGGCGACAGCACACACCGUGACCAGCAGGCCCUGGGCCAGCAGGAGCGGCAGAGCGAUUUUGACGACGACAGCCAUUGCAAAUCGCAGCACCUGGGAAUUGCGAUUUGCAAUUGCGAUUUGCAAUGCUCCAAAACCUUACUUGUGUGGGAUGCG